GAAGCUCGAACUCUUUGUGCCAGUAUAAAGGUGAACUUGUGCACCAAGUGAUUUGGAACACAGCCUCAGUCUCUGUCGCAGAUUCGGUUUGUUUUUAUUUCCGCAUGUUAGUGUUCAUGUUCAGAGUUUCUGUUCAUCUCGUUUCACAUCACUUCUCUACAGCAGCACUGAAGAAACGUCUCUGAGCUCAGGGAAAAGCAACAUGGAUUUGGCCUCAGCUUUGGAUAAUGACCAAGUGAAGCAGAACCAGGCAAAUGAGGUCGAGGGGAUCUUUGGAUUUGGGGAGAAGAAAGACAAGGACAAGGACAAAUCUGAAGACCAUAAGAAGGACAAGGAGCACAAGGGGGACAAGGAGCACAAGGGGGACAAGGAGCACAAGGGGGACAAGGAGCACAAGGAGGACAAGGAGCACAAGGAGGACAAGGAGCACAAGAAGCACAAGAAGGACAAGGAGCACAAAAAGGGCCAGGGGCACAAGAGGGGCCAGGGGCACAAAAAGGGCAAAAAGCACAGGGGGCAUGGGAGGCCCGGCUCUGGCUCUUCCUCCUCCUCCUGCUCCAGUGACGAGGAUUAGGAAAACGGGACUGAAGAAGGAAUUCUUUCUUCUUUUCUUAUUUCCCCCAAAUAUAAUCCAUGAUGUCAAACUUUUUCUAAUUACAAGAAUGUAAUUGAAUUUAAAAUGAAAGUAAUGAUAGUAAAA